AUGGAGUGGAGGGAAGUCGUGGGUGUGGUGUUGGCAAACGACAAGUUAAAGAUCUGUAACAGAACAUUUCUAUUCCUUAUUGGUAUUGGUAUCAUGUUGAUCUCAGGGAGCUGUCUCACAAGUUCCCGAGGGGCAGAAUUUAUCACAGCCUUCCUGGAGAACUCAUUCAAAAGUCAGGGCACUCCUAAACUUCAGCUGCUUAUCACUGGAUAUCAUCCUGCAACAACCGUCACGGUCACAGCGAACAAGUCUACCUUCAAUAAAAAGGUUUCCGUCAAUAAGCAGACAGUGUCAGUUGAGGUCCCAGCCUCUUUGGAGAUGAAGGGGACUGACAUCUUUGAUGGAUCUGUGUGGAUUGAAGCUGACAAAGAGAUCUCAGUUGUUUCCCACAAUUACAAGAGAUUCACAAGUGCUACCACAAUUGUAUACCCAACUCACCAGUUGGGAACAUCAUAUUAUGUGGUAACCCCAGUGGGGGAUGCGACAAGCCAUUUCAAGGAAUUUGCAGUUGUUGCCUAUGAAUUCCCCACUCAGGUCACUAUUCACCUGAAAGGGGCUGUGACAUUCCAAGGGAAGGCUUAUGCUGCAGGGAGCAGGCUUGUUGCUGACCUCAAAGCCUUCCAAGCAAUCCAGCUGCAAAGCUCAGCUGAUUUGUCUGGCACCAAGGUUGAAUCAGUUGCGCCCGUGGCUGUUUUGAGUGGGCACAUUUGUGUCAAGAAGUUCUCAUAUUGCGACCAUGUUGCUGAGCAGCUCUUGCCUGUUUCCAGCUGGGGCACCACCUUCAUAGUUCCUCCUGUACCCUUCGAAACUCAGACUGACAUUGUGUAUGUCGUAGCUUCCCAAGAUAACACUUUGAUCCAAUACCAGUCUGGGGCCACUCCAGGUUCCCGCCAUGCGGUGGCUGGGGAAGUCAUCCAGUUUCAAAUGCAGCCAUCUCAGUCCUAUUUCUUCUCUGCCAAUGCAGGAAUCCAGGUCCUUUUUUUCUUCGCUGGUAACAGCAAGAAAUACGACCCUUUCCUCAUCAAUGUUCCUGCUUUAAAAAGCUAUUGCACAUCAUAUCACAUUGAUGGGAUUAAAGCGUUUGAUAAUUUUGCUGUCAUCGUAGCAAAAACCUUAGAUUCAAAUGGGAUCACACUAGAGAAGAGAGCCAUUACAAAUGCCAAGUGGACACCCAUCCCUGGAACAGAGUAUUCUUUCAGUCAACUUAGCCUGGGCAAAGAAGCCAGUGCCCUCUCUGUAGAGCAUCCCAGUGCUCCUUUUGGGCUCUUCAUCCUUGGAGGUGUACAUGCUGAUGGCUAUGGCUCUGUGGCCCUUUGCCCUUGCCUCACAGUGAACAAAUCUACAUUUCGGAAAAUGGUUUCUGUCAAAGAGAAAGAGACCGUGUCAGUUGUGGUCCCAGCCUCCUCACAGAUGACGGGGACCAACAUUUUUGAUCAGACUGUGCAGAUCCAAGCUGACAAAGAUAUAUCAGUGUUUUCUUACAAGGACAAGCUUUCAACAAGUGCUGCCACAGUUGUGUACCCAGUUCAGCAGCUGGGCACAUCAUAUUAUGUGGUGAAUGGCUUGAUCUACACUGUCCCUAUAUCCUUUUCUGCUGGGCGGAUCAGAGCCUAUCAACAUGGCACAAAAGUCCUGAUAGAAGCUGACUUUGGUCUCAUUGUGAGCUACGACCUGGUUUACCACGUGACAGUCACAGUCCCAAGCACUUACCGGGGCCAGAUGCAAGGCCUCUGUGGGAACUACAACGGGAAGAAGGACGACGGGUUCCUGCUACCCAAUGGCAUAAUAACCUCUGACAUAGCUAAAUUUGGUGCUUCCUGGAAGGUUCGGGUCCCUGGGGCAGAUAGAUCUUGCUCAGAUGGAUGCUCUGGGAACAGCUGCCCAGUCUGUGAUGAAAGGAAGAAGGACGUUUUCAAACAGCGCCACUACUGUGGGAUCCUCACUGCGCCUGAUGGCCCCUUCAGUGCUUGCCACGGAAAGGUUGAUGCCAGUGUGUACUUCAGCAACUGCAUCUAUGACCUGUGCAUGGGCAACGGGGACAGCCAGGUGUUGUGCAACAGCAUCCAGAGCUACGUUUCUGUCUGCCAAGAGGCUGGGGUCUCUGUCAAGCCCUGGAGAAGAAGCCCUUCCUUCUGUCUUCUGCGCUGCCCAGCCAACAGUCACUAUGAGAUUUGCACCAACCUCUGCUCCACUUCCUGUGCCAAGAUCACAGACCCUGCAGCCUGUCCGGAGACCUGUGCUGAGGGCUGCCAGUGUAAUGAUGGCUUCUUCUUUGAUGGCCUUAGCUGCGUCACCACAAAAGACUGUGGGUGCUUAAAGAAUGGACGCUACUACAAGCCCAAUGAGAAGGUUCUGCUGAACGUGUGCCAGGAGAGCUGCUGUUGCAUCCCAGGCCAGGGAGUAAUUUGUGAGGCCCACAACUGCGCUGCCGAUGAGAACUGCAAGGUCCAAGAUGGAAUCAUGAGUUGCAUUAAUAAGGAUCCAUGCAAAGCCCUGAAGUGCCGAGAAAAGGAGACAUGCAAGAUGGAGAAUGGCCAAGCCAAAUGCAAACCACAGUUCACAGGAACCUGCUGGGCCUGGGGGGACCCACACUACCAAACCUUUGACAAAAAGAAGUUUGAUUUCCAGGGCACUUGUUCUUACACUAUUGCCAAGUACUGUGGGAAUGAUGCUACGCUGGUGCCUUUCACUAUCGAUGAGAAGAAUGACAACAGGGGCAACCAGGCUGUGUCCUAUGUGCGUCUGACCAACAUCUAUGUCUAUGGGUAUAAGAUCUCCAUCCACAAACAGGAAACUGGAAGAAUCCGGUUAAAUGACACUAUUACCAGCCUGCCACUGACUCUUGAAGAUGGCAAGAUCAAGCUGUACCAGAGCGGCACCAAUGCUGUCCUGCAAACAGAUUUCGGCCUCCAAGUGACAUAUGAUUGGCAAUGGCACCUGGUGAUCACUCUCCCCAGCAGCUACUAUGGGGCCACUUGCGGGCUGUGUGGAAACUUCAAUCAAAACCCUGCAGAUGACAUGGUCUUUCUCAAUGGCACCAGGGCUGCCUCCAUCAUAAGCUGGGCCAGCAGCUGGAAAGUCAAAGACCGGGACCCCUUUUGCUGGGAUUACUGCCGAGGGAAUUGCCCAACAUGUGAUGAGAGCAAGAGGGCUCUGUAUGGAAAGGAAGAGUAUUGUGGGCUGAUCAGCAAGACCUCGGGGGGCCCCUUUAGAGAAUGCCAUUCCAUAGUGAAUCCAGACGACUUCUUUGACAGCUGCAUUUAUGACGUGUGUCUCAAUGGAGGAGCCAAGAACAUCCUUUGCCAGGCCUUGGAGGCCUAUGCUAAAACCUGUAGGAAAGAAGGUGCCGUGAUAUACGAUUGGAGGACAGCCUCUGGCUGUGCCUUGCCGUGCCCUCAGAAUAGCCACUAUGAGUUUUGUGGCAAUGCCUGCCCCGCCAGCUGUGCUGACCGCAAGGCUCCCUCUGCCUGCAAACAGCCAUGCGUGGAAACCUGCCAGUGCAACGAUGGCUACGUCCUCAGCGUUGACAAGUGUGUGCCUGUUGGGAGCUGUGGCUGCACCUACAAUGGGCUCUACUACAAACCCGGAGAGGAGUUCUGGGCUGAUGAGACCUGUGGUUCCCGCUGCACAUGUGACCCCACCCUGGGCAUUGUGGUGUGCAAACCAGCUGGCUGCAAAGACAGUGAGGCAUGCACCGUGAUCAAUGGGGUCCGAGGCUGUCAUCCCGUAAGCACCGCUACUUGCUCAGCAGCCGGGGACCCUCACUAUACGACCUUUGAUGGGAAGAAAUAUGACUUCAUGGGCACCUGUGUCUACCAGCUGGCUGGGCUGUGCUCUAAGGACCCAACUCUCAAGUCUUUCACUGUCAAUGUGGAGAACAACAACCGAGGCAACGAAAACGUGUCUUACACCAAGGUGGUGACAUUAGAGGUCUACAAUGUCGUAAUCACACUUAGCCAGGAAUAUCCACAUAGGAUCCAGGUAUAG